UUUUUUCUUCUUUCCUAGUUGCUUAGAGCUGCAGAAGGAUUUUAGGUAUUUUAGAAGUGCAACUGAAGGCUCGCUUGGAGCUCUGACUUAGAGGGACAGACGGGUCAAACAACAGACCUGAUUUUCACCUGCAACACAAGUCAUGUCUGCUGCUCAAGUUUCCGUGCUGCUCUUCCUCCUAAAUUAUGUUGGAUCUUUUUAUGGGAUAAACUCUCAGGCUGGAUUCAAGUCAUCAAGCUCCAAAAAGCAGGCUGGUUACUCUGAGACAACCCCAAGAACGGAUCCUUUGAGCAGAACGUCCCCUGCUCCAUACAUACAUGGUGAACAUACACAGGCUGUACUGAAAACCCAAAACAUGGUGGAAAUUAAGUCUGCUAUGAGUAGAGAGAAAGACAAACCAAACAUUCAGAGUGGCAGAGAUAAUAAAAGCAGAGAUCCAGUUCCUCUGCCUCUAACUGAGGAGGAGCUUUUUAGGUCUGAUUUAUUGGAUAACCUGCGGACUCCUGAAGAUGAACUUAUAACAACAGAUGUUGCUCAAAGAAAGCCUCAGGAUGGUCUCCAUGCCGGCCAUGGAAGCUUUAAAAGUAAUCUUGUAUCUGCUGCAGACAGCAUAGAGACGACUCUCCAAAGCCCUGAAAUUCAAUCUAAGAAUCCCACAGAAACAAUCAUGGAAGAAGCUUUUUCUUACAGACCGCAUGUUGCUCCCACUUCCACGCUCAUUUCUGUUUCCACCUCUAGAUCAGGGCCUCUUAUCUUCAACUCACUGCUAUCAUCUGAGGGUGGCGGAGAAGUGAAAAAGAAAGCCCCAUCAUCCGUAAUCACAUCUCCACUUUUCAAAGGCAUGACCUCCUCUCCAGAAGACUGCAGAGGAAAACAGGAGGAGGGACAAGAAGAAAAAACAGAAUCAGAUGAAUUCUCUACACUCCAGAACCAACCAGACGUAAACCUGACACUUAUCAGAACACUGAAGGGAGAAGAGCUGAAUACCAGCGACGGUGAAGCUAAGUCUGAUAAUAUUUGUGCUCUUGGAAAAGUAAAAAUGGAAAAACAGCUGGAAGCUGUUUCAUUUGACAUGAAAGCAACACUGCUUCCCCAUGCAACAGAUACAGAUCAUGCCGAUGUAGAUAUAAACAACAAGGAGGAAAGAUUGAAACACCCAGAUAUUAACAUUACUGUCUUUGGUAAUGGGGACAUCCAGCUCUACAAUCAGUCUUCAUCCAGUUUAAUAUCUCAAUUUAAUUCUGAAGGCGUCACCCAAUCCCAGGCUGAAACUCCACAGCACGCCGUUCAUGCUGCCAAUCAGGCCUCAGGAUUCACAUACAAACGUCUUCAAGCCAAACCCAGGCCAGGAAUCAGAGGCCCAAGGGGACAGCGUGGUCCACCAGGACUUCCAGGGCCACCAGGACCUAAAGGAGACAAAGGCUACCGAGGCGUAAUGGGUCAGACCGGACAGACUGGAUACAGAGGCCCCAUUGGUCCACCUGGGAUGCCAGCCAUUGUAGUAUUCAGAACCUCUGAAGAAGAGUGGGAGGCUUUCAAGAAAAAGAAAAUCUACAAAAAGCUGGUAUCUUCUUGGCCGAAACGUAAGGGGAUUACUGGCCUGCCUGGACUUCCAGGAGAGAAUGGACCACCUGGGCCACCUGGAAUUAUUGGAAAGCAGGGACCAAAAGGAGCUCAAGGGAAGAUUGGCAGACCUGGACCACAAGGAAUGCCAGGUCCACAAGGUUCACCUGGAGAAGAAGGCAUCCCAGGACUAAACGGUGAAUCGGGCCCUACAGGCUUACCUGGAGAAAAGGGUCUUAAAGGCUACGGAGGAGACAAGGGCAGCAAAGGGGAGCAGGGUGAGUGGGGUUAUCAGGGAGAAACUUGUGCUCUGGGACAGAGAGGAAGAAAAGGAGAAAAGGGCAAUAAAGGGUCCCGAGGGUUUGAUGGGAUUCCGGGUUAUAUUGGCCUGCCGGGGCCCAGAGGCCCUCGUGGUUUCCCAGGAACAUCAGGACCUCCGGGAGAAAUUGGAGCCUUAGGCUUUAGUGGUCCUCCAGGUCCACCUGGGGAAAUGGGCCCCAGGGGAUUAGUAGGAUUCACUGGAGUUAAGGGGCCUCCAGGUCAUCAGGGGCAAAUGGGCUCCAGAGGAGCAGCUGGACCACAGGGAGAGCGUGGUCCAGAUGGAGCAGUGGGGCCCCCUGGGGUCCAGGGCCCUCAGGGAAACCCAGGACUACUUGGACCUGCGGGACCAAAAGGGGAUCCUGGAGAUCAAGGAGAUGAGGGUGAAAUUGGUGAACCUGGAGCUCCUGGAUCAAAUGGGGCCAGCGGAAAACCAGGAAAGACAGGACCCUCAGGUGAUCCUGGAGCCAAAGCCAGAAAGGGUGAGAAAGGAAACUUGGGAUUUAAAGGGGACCUUGGACCUCCUGGGCCUUUAGGUAAAAAAGGUUUUAAAGGACGUAAGGGUCCAAUGGGGCUACAUGGACUAGAUGGACAAAGAGGACCAAUGGGACUUCCUGGACCCACUGGGUCUGAUGGCAUUAUGGGGGAACAAGGGAGGCAGGGAAAAGAAGGAUUAAAGGGUAAUCAAGGACCUAGUGGUAUUCAGGGAAGCCCUGGGUCAAGAGGUGACAAGGGUCGAGGAGGCAGAGCUGGGUUUUCUGGACUGCCUGGUCCUAUUGGGGAGAUGGGCAAAUCAGGAGAGAGAGGAGCAGAAGGAGAACCUGGUAUUAAGGGGAUGGUUGGAGUUCCAGGAAUUACAGGACCAAAAGGGAUGAAGGGUUUCCAAGGUUAUUUAGGCAGCAGAGGUCAGGAUGGCAAACCUGGAGCACGGGGUCCAAUUGGUGAAAAUGGAACAACUGGGGAGUCUGGAUUGGAAGGAAUAAAGGGAUUUCCUGGAAAAGCAGGAUCUCCUGGUAUCCAAGGGCCUGUGGGAAACAGUGGCAAACCUGGCAACACAGGUCUAAAGGGAGCACCAGGAAGUCCAGGAGUCAAAGGGAUGAAAGGUAAAAGAGGCCCCAGGGGACACACGGGAAACGAAGGAUUAAAGGUAAAGAUUUUGGGUUCAGUUUUUUUGGUAUUCAGCUUAUCAUCAUAGCUGCACAAAUGAUGAGAUUACAUGGGAAAUCAUCACAUUAUAUUUUUUUUUAUAGGGCAAAAUAGGCGAGGAGGGCCCAAAAGGAAAGAAAGGAGCC